AUGAAAGCUAUCAAGAUUACGAAAACCCAUACGGCCACAAUUCAAGAAGUCCCCGUGCCGCAAUUGAGAGAGGAUUAUGUCCUUGUCAAGGUUCGAGCUGUGGCAUUAAAUCCUACUGAUUGGAAACACAUUGACAAAAUCGGCGAAGGCGGCGAAACCGCCGGCGUCGACCUCUGCGGGACCAUCCAAUCGAUCGGCUCCGCCGCCGCCGCCGUGGUGCCUUCUUCUUCCCCACGCAGCUGGAAAGUCGGCGACCGCAUUUGCGCAUUCGUGCACGGCGGAAACACGAGCCAACAUGAAGACGGGGCUUUUGGAGAAUAUGCGGUGGUCAAAGGAGGGUUGGGAGCGCAUGUCCCAUCACACAUGUCGGAUGCAGAAGCGGCGAGUUUGGGCACGGGGAUUAUUACGUGUGGUCAGGCGCUAUAUCAGUCUUUGGGAUUGCCUUUACCGAGUAGUACAGCUGACGCCACAGGGGACAAUGAGAAGGGCAAAUUCUGGUUCUUGGUCUAUGGAGCGAGUACAGCAACAGGGACAUUGGCAAUUCAGUAUGCAAAGCUAUCAGGCGCGAAGGUGGUGGCGAUUUGUUCCGAGAGAAAUUUCGACCUAGUGAGAGAGUUGGGAGUGGAAGAAGUUUUUGAUUAUCAUGAUGCGGAGGCAUGUGCGGACCAGGUGCGAGCUUAUACGAAUGAUGAGCUGGAGUUGGCGCUGGAUUGUAUUGCGGAGGGAGAGAGUUCGAAGAUUUGUGAGGGGAGUAUUUCGAGUAAGAAGGGCGGCACGGUGUCGUAUUUGUUGGGAGGCAUCACGCACACGAGGAGCGACGUGCAAAUGAAGAAGACGCUGGGAUAUACAAUUAUGGGGGAGGCGUUUGAGAAGUUUGGGGGACAGAGUCCUGCGAAGAAGGAGGAUUUUGAGCACGCGAAGAUGUUUUGGGAGUUGAGUGAGAAGCUGUUGGAGCAAGGGAAGAUCAAGCCUCAUCCGCUGAAGGUGGCUGAGGGUGGCUUAGAGGGCGUGUUUGAUGGGCUGGAGCAGUUGAGACGUGGCAAGGUUAGCGGUCAGAAGCUUGUUUAUCGCCUUGGUCACCUUGGUGAUGAUUGA